AUGCGUGUUACUCUUCUCAUUACAGCGCUGCCUCUAAUCAACGCAAUCCCACCAGGUCUGCCUGGAAAGCGUGAUGCAGAGGUUCUUAAUCGAAAACAGACCUAUGAUUUAGGCUUUGGCGCUAAUAGCGCAGAUGAUUAUACUAUAUCUUCUAGUGGUAUAGAUACACCGAAAGGAACGACACCGUCUACUUCUGCCCCUAUGGAUCCGGGCAUUGAGGAUAGUGGAUUCUACGACCUGUCACCAUUUGAUGUCGAGAAUAUACCAAAUGGUAGUAACGAAAUCAGUAAGCCGUCUGGACCAGGAAGCAUCUCCGAACCGGAUAGCUCCUUCGAACCGUCUCAAUCAUGUAACAAGGGCACGAGUAGUAGCAACAAUACUGAUUAUAUCUCAAUUGUCAACAAAUGGCGAACAAUAAUAGGGAAACCUAGCCUUAAGCACGACGCCUUAUUGGAGGGUAAUGCUCUCGAAACAAGUAGGAGAAGCCCCCCAGGCCUCGAACAUUUCCUUUUCAAAGGAACCGCUCAACAGGUCCUGUGUGGGGGAGACCUAUCAAUUGAGGACGCUGUUAUCACCUGGCUUUGUGAGAGGCCGGAUCUUCCGAACAUGACGACGGCCUGUGAAAGGUUUACCCCGGGGUGGUCGAAGGAUGUAACUGGACAUGCGGACGUCAUGUCCUCAGCGGAGUACACCAAAAUUGGAUGCGGCAAGGAUAAGGGCAUCUGGUCCUGUGAUGUGGCUUGUGAUGAGCCCUGCGGUUUUAAUCUACACCCUGAAAUGCAAUUGUCGCGAGACAAUUCCCCAUUCCCGGGGAAUUAA